AUGCAAAAAGCGUUGGCGAUUGCUGAUCUUCGACUUCACUGCAGGGAGAGUGACUUUGCCUGUUCCCAGGUGCAAAACAAUCGGACCGUCCAGGAGAUCCUGUCCGAAACGUCCAUCAUCCGCGACAGCAUCACGGCCAACAACAUGGAACUCACAGACUUCAAGCGCCACUCCAGUAGCAUCUCGCAGCAAAUGCAGUCCCAGCUGACGGAUCUCCGCGAGAAGCUGACCACGGCCUUCGGCGAGAUCACGGCCUUGGUGAAGCAGAAGACCCAAUCUGAUUCCGAGAUGAUGCAGGAUGUGAACACCUUGCAGCAGAACUUGUCACAGAAGACCUAUGAACUCGAAGCCUUGAAAAAGUCCUAUUCACAGGCGCAUCAACACCUGCAAAGCUCCCUGAUCCAAAUGCAGACGCUUGGAGAUCAGCAGGUCUUAGCUUGUUGA